GAGAAACGGCUUAAAGCUGAGAUCUGCAGACAUUUGUGAGCACAUGAGCAGAGCAGCCAGAGUGGGAACAAAGAACAGAAAGAGAGCACGCUAAUCAGCAUCGAAAAGAUGGCGUCACUUUACGGGAACCUGGUUGUGAUUCUCUUUUUCGUCUCUCCCACAAUGCACUCCCACCUCUUUGCUCAUGCUUCCACGUCUUCCCCACCUAUUACUCGCAAACGGAUCACAUUCCUGACUGGCCUGGGCAUAGAGAACGACAGCAAUGACUACGAAGACCACACCUCUCCUCCAAAAGUGGUGCCCUCUGUCAGAAAUCCCCGUUUGUUCAGUGAGAGCGCCUUCUGUCUGUACGACCCCUGCUUGGAGAAUCAGGAGCCCUGUGAAGUUCUCAGAGAAAAAACUGGGUGCCUCUGCCCUGGCAGGACCGGUGAGGACACCACUCCUCAUGCUCCGCGAAUCCAAGCGCUGCUGCCGAUCACUGAAGGGGAAGACACGGGGAAGAUAGAGGUGCAGUGGUGUGCUCCCAACUCUGUGGUUAAUUCCUACAGGGUGACUAUAGAGGGAACUGCUGAUGUUACCAAGGAGUUUGGGGAGGAAUCGCGACGAGGCUUGGUGGGAUACUUGGAGGUGGGGACGAAGGUUUGCGUGGAAGCGAAGAACAAGGCAGGACACAGCAGUCCCACAGACUUCUCCUGCACGAGGUACGAACGUCCUGAGUCCUCUGACCACAAACUGCUGGCCGGCGCCAUAGGAGGAGGAGUCGCCUUCAUUUUGCUUCUCACCAUAAUAGCUGUGGUCCUCUGUCGACGACAAAUGUGUCAAAAGGCAAAGCGGGAAUCUGUCACUGGACUGGGAAACCCCUCUUACAAAUCAGAAAGACCAUCCUGAUCGAGACAAGGAGAGCGUGGACUGUACUAUCCAGUUAAACUAAUUAAUAAUGAAAGAUAGUUCUUUGUAGUGCCUCUUAUAAUAAAUAUGUUGUUUGAACUCCUGUUUCAAGGGGUCUGCUGAUGAUCGUGCAAAAGAUCAGUGGAAUAUGCGUAACAUUUGUUGUUUUACUGAUAGUACUAUAGGUUUGUUUGCAGGCAAAUUAACCUUUUUAGAUUAAUUUUACAGUAUUGUGUUGUUGUUGUUUUACAGCUAAACUUACAUAUUAAUUAUUGGUUUUAGACGGUUGACCAAAAUCAUUCUAAUAAAGUUAUUUUUUUUAAUAAAAACUCAGAUGAUUUACUUGAUUUUU